AUGGGAAAGAAUGCCAUAUUUAUGUUGCUGGCAAUUGUCUACUUACUUAUUACCAUUGUUACAUCUCUAAAUAGCUCCACUGAUGAGUAUGCUCUUCUAACUUUUAAAUCUCAGAUAACUUCUGAUCCAAAAAAAAUCUUGGCAAAAAAUUGGUCACAAGGAACCUCAUUUUGCAGUUGGAUUGGCGUUACCUGUGGCAGGAGACAUCAAAGAGUUAGGGGCUUGAAUUUAGCAGAUAUGGGUCUAGGAGGUACUAUUGCUAAAGAAAUUGGUCAACUCUCUUUUUUGAGAUCCUUAAUUAUUAGCAAUAAUAAUUUCCAUGGGUUUAUCCCUAAUGAAAUUGGUAAACUCAGCCAGCUUCAAGAAAUAGAGAUGCAGAACAAUGAGCUAACUGGUUCUAUUCCACCAACUUUCGAAUUUCUUGAAAAUCUGUUGAAGUUAAAUAUCUCCCAUAAUGGACUCACAGGAAAUAUUCCUAACAGGAUUUUUAACCUCAGUUCUUUGAUUGAAAUUAAUUUUGGAAACAACAGUCUCACAGGAAGUCUACCGAUGGAUAUUUGCUUCAAUCUCCCAAAGCUGGAGAGGCUAAGGAUUUCAUCUAAUCAAAUGAGUGGCAACAUUCCUCCAAGCUUGGGAGCUUGCAUGAAUCUUAAACUACUUUCUCUGACGGACAAUAAUUUUGUCGGAAUCAUUCCAAUGGAAAUCGGGAACUUGUCAAAGAUUCAAUUUCUCUAUCUUGGAGAAAAUAAUUUGACAGACAUGGUGAUCUGCGUGUUGAUGGCCAUGGAGUAUGUCCCUUUACAUAGCUUCACUAAACGUUAUGUGCAUACUAAUCCCUAA